UAUAGGCUACCCACAGCACAAAGUAAACCAUAACUUUCUCUAGAUGUAGUUGUGUUCGAGGAAAAGGCUGAUCUAGUAUAGAUCUAGAGAUCAAAUAGGCCUAACCUAAGCACUCCUAAAAGAGAAGUUUGUGGAAGAUCAAAUGUAAUGGAAACAGAUCUAUGUCAGCGAAUCAGUGUGUGACGCUGUUGAUAUCGACUGUUUCUGUCUCAACACCAAUGUUAUUGAAUUAAGGAAGUGAAAAAUGUCCCAGGGAACUUCUCGGAUCUCAAAUGACUAUGGUUGUGGUGGAGGUUCAAAAGAGGAGGGUGAACUUUCUGAUGAUGAGGAUCCGCCAGGAGUUGCGUUCAGGCACCAUUCCCGCUCUGUGGAACGGACAACAGGUCAUCAGAAGCGGGCACAUGACCCUUCUAGUCCUUUGAGAAGUGAUCAGUACAAUGUUAAAGAGAGGGUUACUAGUCACAGCAGACGUACAACUUCUCAGCACCAUUCUUUUGGUGCUGGUGUCCAUAGGAAUAAAAGUUCUGGAUCGGAGAACUUCAGUGUCAGGUUGCAUGAUCAAAAGUGGGAAAGCAACAGGACAUCCGUGAAACGGAAAGAUGGGCACCGAAGUCACAGCAGUCAGAGAUACCCGCUCUCACCCGGCCCCGCUGAUCCAGACGAGGAGUACAGCAGACACAGAGAGAGGCGGGAGUCAACCGAAAGCACGUCGUCUGCGUACCACUCGAGCCAUACGCCUUAUAACUCCAGAUUCUGGCAUAACCGGCGUUUUCGAGCUUCGUCAGUGAGACCGUUCAGUCCACCUAGGCACUCUUCCUCUCACAGAGGGAGAGAAAGCCCCUUGAAGUCUGCUGCGAGCCUGGAGAACAUUGCGGUAGAGAACGACAGAGGCCACAUAGAGCUGGAAUUGUUGGAGAAAGAGCAGGAGAGAAUACGAGCGCAGCUGAAAAGUUUGGAGGAAGAAGAGGAGACCUGUAAAGAUGGAAAAGAAAAUUUUCUUGUGGCGGAUGACUCAUCUGAAGUAUUUGUACCCGUGAAAGAACCACCAGCUACUGGCUCUGGCAACAGUGAUGUUGACUUCUUCGCUGAUGAUGUAGCCCCAGAGGAUAACAUAGAGGAGGAUGAGGACACCGACAGUGAUGAUAACCUUGACCUUCAAGAACUGCGUCGUCUGGCCUUGGCCACGUCGGAGAGGCAUCUGCGCCUCUUGGCCUCGGAAACGCCGGUGGAAAUCUCCAGCCCGGCAAAGACUCUGGAGGACUCAGUGGUGGUCAUCCCAGACGCCGAGCCAGCUCCUCUUGAAGCGGAGCCGGAAGUGGUCACGGUGGAGGAAGACGAUGACGAGGCUCCAGUAGUUAGCGUUAGCCAGACCGCAGACGCGACAGGUGUCAGCGACAGCAAGGACAAGAAGUCUUCCGAUUCAACAGUCCCCGAAGGGAAGUCAAAGCACCGGAGCCGUUCCAAAGAAUCGACCGGUGGGAAGGGAAGUGUCAAGUCCCAGGUUGUACGCCUCGGUCCGAAAACCAAAGGCAAGAAGAAAAGGAGGAAGGAAACCAGCAAAGAAGAAAAGAAGGCAAAUUUCUCCAAAGACUGGAUUCAGCAAUGUGAAAAGCUGAGGCAGCUAGCGGAGAAAGACCCACGGGGGGCCCUGGAGGGUUUCCGCAGGCUGGUGGAAGGAACAAAACGAGCUGAGAAACCUGUGGUCACCGGGACUAUGAAAGACUUUAAGAGACAAAUGAAAAUCCCAGUUCUGAGCGAAGAUCCCGCGCCUGUGUCGAAAAAGGGAAGUCCUAGUGAGGAGGCUAAAUCAGCAGCAGGAAAAGAGAGGGCAAAGGAAAAGAAGACGGUGGAGAAAAAAGCCUCUGGACCAACUCAAGACAAUUAUGACGAAGUGGAGAUGGACAUUGUCAGUGAAGCGGAAGACGAAGAAUCGAGCAGUGCAAGUCAGUUAGCAUCUGCGAGUCUCCGUCUUGGGGCCGAUUUUUCCCAGGCCAUGCAGCCAAUACAGUCCUUGAGUGAGGCCCAGGAUACAUCAGCGGCUGUGAAGGAAGCUACGAUAGCUCCCCUCCCCGCCCCACCCAUGAUCCCCAUGUUCCUGCCCAUGCCCGUCUCUGCCACAGCCAGUCCCAUGGUGCCAAACUACCCCCACCUCGAGGCCCCUCUUCCAUCCUCAGUCCCACUGCCCCCGCCACAUCCUCCUCCUUCCCAGCCCCCUCCUCCUCCUCCUCCUCCUCUUCCUCCUCCUCCUCUUCCACCCUUGCCCUCUCGGAAUGGAGAGCCAAAUGGCGUUUGGCUCAGUCAGAACCACAGUGAGAGUGGCCCGAGGGCCGGAGAGCCGUCUGUUGGAGCCGCAGCCUUUGCUGGCAAAGAUCAUCCAACUUCCUCACUCCCGGGGAAAAGUUUUAGUGACGACUUGUCUUUGGCAAUGUUUCUACCCGAAAGACCCAGUCACACAAAGCUGUCCAGUGACGAUGUCCAAGUUUUGUCGGGUGACCUGUUUUUGCAAAGGUCAAAGUCUUCGUAUUCUGGUGCCGAUAUUGGGUUUCAGCUUCGCCAGCUGAGGAAAGAGCAAGAAAAGUACGAUGUCAAUACAGCAGCCCCUGUGGAGCCGAGCAAGUGUUCUGACGCGGAUGAAAGUAGCCUGUAUCCCAAUAGGAGGGAGAGGAUCAUGGAUCUGAAAAGAACCAUAGUUCGUUCUGACCCCUCAGCGGCAGGCUUUUCUGAAACUGAGCUCUUUUAUUCCACAACUCGAAAAAAUACAGCACCGAGAAGAAGCAAAUGGGAUCAUCCUGCUCCAAGAUUUCUUGGAUCUCCGAUACACCAAGAGGAUGUAGACGGAUACGAACCACAGAGCAGCAGGAGGCUCAUUUCCCCUGAGCCUGUUGGGACCAGAAGUAAUUGGAUUUCUGUUUUUCACAGCCACCCAUCUCCUGGACCUCUUCAUGACAUGGACAGAUUUGUGCCAGAGACAAGUAGAAGGUACAUUUCCCCCAGGCGGUCCAAUUCCCCUCCACACCGGGACAGCUCAGUGACAGGAAGCAAGUGGGCUCCUCUUCCCAAGAGCCGUGGGUCUCCUGGGCGUCUGCAUGAGUUCAACAACUAUGUAUCCGAAAGAAGUGGAGACAGCAUGUCCCCCGAUCUCUCCGAGUCCGGCACAACGGGUCAAAGGACUGGGUAUGGGCUGGCAGAACCCACCUUUAAAGCCUUAGAAGAUUCCAGACCAUUCUUAAAAAGACGGAGACCGAUUCAGCAGCACUGGAUGAAGGAUGAACCUCUCCAUGCCUCGAGGUAUAGCCCAACUACUGAACUUGACACCUUCAAACCAGGCAAUACCAAAGAAUACACCAGUCAACGGCAGUCGUAUAGUCCGGAACCGAAAUAUCGCCGGAGAUCGGACAGCUUUUCAAAGUCGCCAGGGCUCAUCCCCUACCAAAGGGUCCAGCAAGAAGAUUUGACCAACGCGUAUCAACCGGAGCUCCCCGCUCGCGGUGUGUCCAGACAUAGCACACCCCCACCGUACAUUCCCACUUCCAUCAAGCCUCCCGGGAUGGUACCAGCACCAGGGAGGGAAAAGUCGUCUUCUGACUCGGAGUCAGAUGAAGAUCCUGAUGCCAUGAGGAAAAGGUUGCUGAUGGAGGUCAUUACUAAAAGAAGAGGUGUCUUAAACGAGAUUAUGUCCAGCUCCAGUUCUCCCUCUGUGAUGUCGCCCCAACAAGAUGCUGGUUUGUCUGAGGCUGCGGAGGAGAGAAAUGAAGCAGGUUCCACAGAACCACCUCUGGUAACUGUGGCCACCGAAUUUCCUUCUCUUCAGAGGAGAAGUCCGUCGAGUUUCAUGGCAUCUCCUGGCUCUCAGGACGUGAGGGAGAGUGGUGAGUUGCCGACAGAUGGUCGUGAGGAGAGUUCUAGUUUACACGUUCUUCACAAAGUGGUAAAACCCGUUGCCUCGGAGUCAGACCAGAAUGAUGCAGUCGGUGACACAUUUGUUGGAUCAGUUAUGAACUCUGGUUUGAAGCAGACGUCCUCUGACUCUGAAGAUGAAGAAGAAGUUUUACCUCCGCCGGUUGUGAAAAGAAUUGAGAGGUCCCCGACCCAUGCUCAGGGUGCGGCUGGGGAGAAUUCUCCCGCUGGUAGUAGCCCCAGAACCAAGAGCGUUGCGACGACGUCUACACAUCAGCAUUACGACGCUGCUGCAGAUGCCCUAAGUGUGAUAUCAAAUCCUGUAGAAACAGCCUCAGAUACGUUGAAUGGUGCUCAGACAGUGCCAAACUUUAGUUCAGAAAUAAUGAACUUCCAAACUGUGUGGCCUGAUCAGUCAGAGGUCAUAGCAAGGCCUUCGUCUGACAUGCCUACUUUGUCUUCCAAUGCAAGUGCUUCCUGUGAACAAUACACCACCGCACCAGAGCUUUCUGGUAACCAAACGUUGACAACCGUGAAGAAGUGUGAUUUUCUUCCAGGACAGUCGACGUGGGAUCCAGCAAACGCCAACAGUAUUCCACACUUUCCACACGGCAGUCUUUCCUCGCAGUCUGGUGUCAGACCAGAAAGUUCAGCUAGAUAUGAGCAAGGUCUCAACUCGUCAUCCAGUGCCAACUCCACCCAGUCCCCCGCCUGUCUUCCCACUCAGUCACUGUCUGAUAGCUCACACACUGUGCCUAAGAAAUCUCCGGAUCAUUCUUCAUUGUUUCAGUCGGAACCUUUGUCGUCCAUGACGUCUGAUGGUUUCGUUGUCUCUCCAGCAGUGGUUUCCGAACAGCCUUCUGGUGUCAAUAGCCUCAGGGCGUAUCCUGAUCCCAGGAACAGCUCCGGGGCUAGGCAAGCGGUGCUGGAAGAGCCUUCUCUACCGAUGUCGCAGCAUUUGUCAACAGUGGUAGAUCAGGUCCCUCCAGAGAUAGCCUCCCAGCCUGAUUCCUGUGGUCAGACGAGUGUCACAACGUCCAAGUUCUCUCAUGGAUACCUUUACAGCACAAGUGGACCCAGCAACAGUGCCGGGAAACACUCCUACCCUGCGAAACCUCUCCCGGUGCACCCGCCUGUUGUGGUCCCCAUGGACUGCUCCUCGGCCAGCGAGGACGAUCACGAGGACAUGCACGGCAGCAAACCUGGCAGUGGGGCAGACAGUUGGCUCAUGGAGGAUGAAGACAUUAGCAAACUGGACCCUCAGAUGGUGGAACUGAAAAGGCGAGAGUUUAAGUUAAAACAUCAGAAGGGUGUGGUGCAGAGAGGGCAGGAGGCGCUGAGAGAGCUGGUGCAGAAAGCCACGCGGUCCCUCAAGCUGCAGCAUCAGGCGGAGAAGAAGUGGGAGAAACUUCGCUUGCAGAUCAUUCUUCUGUCGGAGCAGGCGCGGGUGGCCAAGAAGAUUGCCAGGGCGCAUGAGCAGCAGAAAGAGGAGACCAAGAAGAAGGCUUGGAGUGUGAAAGACAGACUGCUGAAGCAGAAGGAGGAAUACGCUGAGACGGAAAAAGCCACUGUCGUCCUUGGCAAGGAGUUGAUUGGUCCUGAAUAUCAAGUACAGCUUGCUCAGAUUGUUAACGCUUCAGACCAAAGACAGAAGUUCUCCAAGGCUCAGACGAUUGCCAGCAAAAAACAGAAGCUCCAAGAGAGGGAGAGGCAGAUCUCAGAGAAGCUACGGUUCAUGAAGGAGCAGAUCUUGAGCACCAGCAGUCUGAAGAGUGUCGCGAAGGCUUCGCUGUCAGUGAAAGAGCCCGAGAAGCCGCUGGCCCAGCGUCAAAAGUCGCAGGACGUGAUCAAGCUCAACUCAAGUCAGCCAGACCAGGGCACGGCGGUGGUGAACCGUCGCAAGUCCCUCCUGGAGCUCAACAGCAGCACCAUCCCCAACCUGCCUCUGACCCCGCAUAAGCCGAAAGGGACGAGCCACUCAGAGAAGGAGAACAUGGAGGGGGAGCAGGGUCAAGGAGGGGUCGGCAUCGAGGACGGUUUGUCGGCCUCGAAGAGUGAGGAGGGCGUGAGCCAGCAGAACUUCCGGAUGCCGGCCGGGGUCCAGCUGGUCAAUCUGUGCAAGCUUCAGAAAGAGAAAGUAGAGAAACAGCUGAGAGGACCAAGACAUAUGUUGUCUGCUACGUCAUCUUACAAAUUUCCAAGUCUUUCAUCUCUGCGGUCGUCCAUUGUGAAGAAGUCUCGUGUGGUUUCUUUAACGAAGCGAAGUUCGGCCCCAGACAGUACCUCUGUCCAGCCCAGCUGUCCAGUGAACUAUACAAGUCCUCUACUGACCUUUAGGUCUUAUAGACUGAGUCCGUAUUAUCGCACGCGAGAAGGCCUGAGCUUCCGUAGCAAUACGUACUCGCACAAGCUGAACCCUCACUGUGUGCUCUGUCCUUACGACAUUCAGGGGAUCUGUAACGACGACACCUGCAAGCAGCAACACCCUAAGGACUACGAGCUCUCGGACAAAGAGUUGCUGCAAGACAUCGUGUCGUACUGUCCAAAGCUGGCAGGAUGCGGAGAAGGAGCGAGCACAGAGGAGGUGAAACAAGCAAUAGUCUCUUACGUGGAUGGUGUGGUCAGCCGACACAAGGGCAGGAUGACCACGGAGCAGUUGUGUCUCUGGUUGUCCAGUCAGGUCAAGGAAACUGCUGGUCUGAAGAAUCCUCACACGGUGUUCCCGCUGCCUCGCACGUGGACACCCGAGCCCAAGGAAGAGGCUGGCCUGAGCCUGUUCUUGAACCCAAAACCUUCCACAAGGGUCAUAGACGCUAUCAGGAAGGAGCCCCCGACUGUGAUAGACCAGGACGUGGUGCAAGGGGAGGAAGACGUCCGGUACUUUGCUCCCGACAACACAGAGUUACUCUCCCUGGAAAGAGCCGUCUUACAGGACCCGACAGACGCCGCCAUGUGGCAGCGGCUAGCAGACAAAAAGCUGGCGGAUCCCGACAGAUCGGCUCGUGAAUGCAUGGACAACGCGCUGAAUGUGUUGGCACGGGGGCUCGAGGCGAACAGGCACGCCUGUACGCUGUGGCAGCGUUACCUGGCUCUGUACUGUCGACACCCGGAGGCCGACAACUUCCUGCAGUUCUGUCGGACGGGCCUCGAGUACGCCCCUUCAUACGACAUCUGGUUCCUGUACCUCAACUCGCUGAAGACGUACUCUGAAAAGGAUGGGGCCUGUAACCAAGCCUUAAACUUCUUAGACACAGGCUCAGGAAUUGAACCCAAGUCUUCCGUGUCUUUGGCGGACAGAGAAUCCCAAGGUCAAGGAGGUGACGAUGACACAUGUUUGACAGAUGUCCCCAAGUCCCCCACCUCCACAGACAAAAGCACACGGUCUCAUCAAGCUCUGGAAAUGAUUCUGUACAAGGCUUGUCUGAACUUGCUCUCUGGACGGCUGAAAACCACUCUCAACUUCUUGCAGUCUGUGCUUGGCCUCAAGUCGACACCAUCCACCCCGCUGCGAGCCUCGUCGCUGCUCACUACUGCUGACCACCUGGUGCUGUGGCUGUGCUACAUACACGUGCUGGAGUGGCACCAGCUGCCCCCGGACCUCUACAGCCCCACGGACCAGAACCCCGGACGUUUGCUCUCAAAGGCGGUCACUCUCCACUGGCCAGAAGCCCGGCCUCUGUACUCCAGCCGAGACACGCUGAUCAAGCUGCACAAAAAGGCCAUACGUGUUGGGGACAAAGCUGUCCUUGACCUUGAGGCGACCCGCCACUACGUGCAGGUGGUCAGGAGUCUGUUCGCGCUGUUGUCUCUGGAAAGGCCCGCUGAAGCUGUCAGCUUAAGCCGCAGCGUCUUGUCCUCAAGGAACUUGGAAGAAAUCUGGCUGGCCACAGCUGACCUCUACGCCUCGUUCAAAGACAAAGAUGGCGUGAAGCAGGUGUUCCAAGAGGCUGUGAAAGUUCAUGAACACUCGGCAAAGCUGCACUUUUAUUGGAAUUCAUUCCUUAUGUCAGAGGGAGAAACUGAGGAGGCCCUCUGCAAUCUGGAGCAAUUUGUCAUCAACCAGUUUGACGUGGACACGAGAGAAUCUCAACGUUGUGACCCCAACCAGCUCUACGGUCAGUUGUUGGGGCAGCAAGAAGCCUUCUCCCUGCAGAUGUUGCGGAUCAAGCCACAGGCAGGAGGGGACGAAAAGCACAAGAACAUCUACCUCUGGCUGUGCUACAGUCUCUUGUUAGAGCUACAGGGAGAGAGAGUGAACACGGUGGAGAUCUAUGAGCGGUCCCUGACCCAUGCUCAGACUUCGGACGACCUCGUUGUUGCUUGGCAAAACUAUAUCGGCUUCUUACUCCGGACGGAAGCGGCCAGCCCCGAAGAUCUUCACAGUCUCCUGUCCCGCUCCAUCAUCUCCAUGCCGACCAAAUCUCCCGUCCCGCUCCGGCCAACUGCCCACUGGCUCGACUACAGACACUGCAACACACUGGUGGAGGCCUGGCUGGCAGUGCUGGACGGGGCCAAUCGUCUUGACGUGGCAGAGUUUUGCCUGGGCUGCAUGCCGGCUAACAUGCAGCUUUUACUACGAGUGGUAGAGCUAUGCCUGGCCAACAAGGAGACUCGUCGCGCCUACAGCUGGUGCAAGAUGGUCGCCGCACAGACAGAGAAACCAGCCAACCUGGCGUUUUGGAGAAUAACGAGUGCCCUUGCCCAGGAGGAGGGAACGGCCCAUGAGAAGGACCAGAUGCUGGUGGGAUGUGUGGAAGCUAUGCCCCUGGCCGUCGCCGGAUGGAAAGAU